UCCCUGUGAACAUCCUCGUUUACUCUCUCUCUCUCUCUCUCUCUUCCUCCCUCUCUCUAUAUAUAUGAAGCUCUGCAAGUCUAUGCUCACGAGUAAGCAAAGUAAUUGUUCAGAGGCUCACGAGAAGGAUGAAAUGAAAUGUGGCUGCUGCAAAAACGCCAAGUCUUCUCCUUCAAUAAAUACCCCCCAAUCAUCUUUUUGUGUUUUGGUGUCUGUUCUUUUGUCCAAACAUUCUUAGACCUGUGAACUCGUGUCAGUGACCUGAUAGAUACAGACAUAUUCUGUGUUUGGCCACAUUAUUUCUUUUCCCUCCAUAUAUUGUAGGGGAAAUCUGCAUCUUCUAUUAUUCUUCAAUUCCCCCCCAAAACCCAAAGCAAGGGAGAAAAAUGGCGGCUAAAGAUUGGGUUUUGCUGUGCUUGGUGGUGAUUUUAGGCUCCGCUCAGCUCAUUCAUUGCAGUGUGAGUUAUGACAGGAAAUCUCUCAUCAUUAAUGGGCAAAGAAGAAUUCUUCUUUCUGGGUCCAUUCAUUACCCAAGAAGCACUCCUGAGAUGUGGGAGGGCCUUAUACAGAAGGCUAAGAAUGGAGGCUUGGAUGUUAUUGAUACCUAUGUGUUCUGGAACCUCCAUGAACCUUCACCUGGCAAUUAUGAUUUUGAGGGGAGAAAUGAUUUAGUUAGAUUCAUAAAGCUAAUCCAGAAUGCAGGGAUGUAUGUGCAUCUCCGCAUUGGGCCUUAUGUUUGUGGAGAGUGGAUCUUUGGAGGGAUCCCUGUUUGGCUGAAAUAUGUACCAGGGACCACUUUCAGAACCAAUAGUGAACCUUUCAAGAGGGCAAUGCAAGGGUUUGUCCAGAAAAUCGUCCAAACGAUGAAGAAUGAAAGGCUGUUUCAGUCACAGGGUGGUCCCAUCAUUCUCUCUCAGAUUGAGAAUGAGUAUGGGUUAGUAAGCAAGGAUUAUGGCUCCGGUGGUCAUGAAUACAUGACUUGGGCUGCAAAAAUGGCUGUUGAUCUGGGCACCGGGGUCCCGUGGGUUAUGUGCAAGGAAGAUGAUGCACCGGAUCCAGUGAUAAAUACUUGCAACGGAUUUUAUUGCGAUUAUUUCACCCCAAACAAACCUAACAAACCCACAAUGUGGACCGAGGCAUGGAGUGGCUGGUUUGAGGAGUUUGGAGGCCCGAUUCACCAUCGGCCAGUUGAAGAUUUGGCCUUUGCAGUUGCCCGAUUCAUCCAAAAAGGAGGCUCCUUUGUGAAUUAUUACAUGUAUCAUGGAGGAACCAAUUUUGGAAGAACGGCGGGAGGCCCUUUCCUGACUACGAGCUAUGAUUAUGAUGCUCCUAUUGAUGAAUAUGGUUUGCUUAGGCAGCCAAAGUAUGACCAUUUGAUGGAACUUCAUAAGGCGAUUAAGUUAAGUGAGAGAGCUUUAGUUAAUGCAGAUCCGACUGUUACACCGUUGGGAAACUAUGAACAGGCACAUGUAUUUUCUUCCAAGUCUGGUGGCUGUGCGGCGUUUCUGGCAAAUUUCCAUUUCAAUUCGCCUGCCACAGUCACAUUCAAUCAGAGGCACUAUGAACUGCCACCUUGGUCAAUUAGUAUUCUUCCAGAUUGCAAAACUGCUGUCUUUAACACUGCCAAGGUGGGAUCCAAGACAUCCCAGGUGCACAUGUUGCCCGCGAAUGUGCCAACACACUCCUGGGGAACGUUCACCGAAGAUACAUCCAGUAUCGAUACUGACUCGAAGCUAACUGUUAUUGGUCUAUUGGAGCAAUUAAAUGUUACCAGGGACACCAGCGAUUACCUUUGGUACAGCACCAGUGUUGAGAUAAGUCCAUCUGAAUCUUUCCUACACGGAGGACGACAUCCAAUUCUCACCGUGCAGUCUGCGGGUCAUGCAUUGCACGUGUUUAUUAAUGGGCAAUUUUCAGGGUCGGCUUAUGGGACUAAAGAACACACACAGUUUACGUGUACGAGAAGUCUCAGUCUGCAUGCUGGAGUGAACAAGAUUUCUUUGCUCAGUGUAGCUAUUGGAUUGCCGAAUGAUGGUGCACGUUAUGAGACAAGGAGCACGGGGGUCCUUGGACCAGUCAUACUGCAUGGACUAGACAAGGGACCUAGGGACUUAACUUGGCAGAAAUGGUCGUAUGAGGUAGGACUGAGAGGUGAGGCCAUGAACUUGGUUUCCCCAACUGGCAUUUCAUCAGUUGACUGGAUUGAAGGGUCCUUGGUCGCACGACAACAACCUCUGACAUGGUACAAGGCUUAUUUCAAUGAGCCAAGUGGAAACGAGCCCUUGGCAUUGGACAUGGGUAGUAUGGGAAAAGGCCAAGCGUGGAUCAACGGGCAAAGCAUUGGUAGAUAUUGGACAAUCCAUGCAACCGGAGAUUGCAACACUUGUACAUAUGAAGGGACAUACAGAUCGCCAAAGUGCCAAUCUGGUUGCGGACAACCUACUCAACGAUGGUACCACGUUCCUCGAUCCUGGCUGAAACCAACAGGAAACCUGCUGGUAGUCUUUGAGGAGAUAGGCGGAGAUGCAUCGAGAAUCUCUGUCGUUAAAAGAACACUCACUUACGUAUAGAAAGAAAUCAUAUUAAGAUAUUACUGUUAGUUUAGUUUUAUUUAUCUCUAAGAGCCAAAAUUCACUGUUUUUACUCCCCUUUCUUUAGAUCUUGGAUUAUGAAAGUUUUAGUCAUAGUACAUACAGGAAAGAUGUAGUUGAAGACUACUAUUCCAGUCUAUUUAAAUUGGAAGAAGAUUAUGAUAAGGUGGCAUAUCUGUAUAGACAGGAUACAUUGCCCAGAAACACCACUUACAGUCAUACUAGGUACGAGGUGGGAUUCGAACCGGAAACGCCGACUUCGACAAGAUUCAAAUGUCAACUCGAAUGUUGGUACGAUGUAACUCGUGUUAAAGGGUUAAUUAUAUUCUAGUGUGGAGCUUUAAUUAUGUGAGUGUCUUGGUCUAAUUUUAUGCAUAAAUUAUUGAUUAUUGUA